GCGCCUCUCAGGCUUCGCUCUGGCAGAUACAUGUGCACUGGCAGUGUUUUUUUAGCACAUCUGAUCUGUGUACACAUAAUUGUGCUUAUUUCUUUUUUUUUUUACGAUCUCAACUCAACUGCUUGCUGUUUCAAUAUAAUAAGAGAGAAACAAGAGAACAAAUUCCAAGACUUUUGAAGAUUUCUGAUUUUGCUUUGGCCUUGUUUUCCUCCGAAUUUUAAGUCUGCGAAUUAUUUGCAAACUUUCAAUAUGUCAAGUAAACGUGAGGAAAACCUGUCAAGGGAUUUGUUGACUAGUCGAUUGGUACAUUUAUAACAUUGCCAAUGCAAACAAUUAUGAUAUGUAUAAAAUAAUGAAAAAUGCAAUGAACGGAAUUGAGUGCUUCGCAUUAUAUUCUUAUGUGUUAAAAUAAUUCAGUUUUGUCCGAGUUAAAAUGUCCAAUUCAGAGGCUGGUGUGGGAUGCAUUAGUGAGGUAACACUCGCGAUUAGUAAAGCAAGAAAUUCUCAGGCAGGCACCGUGAGAGUUCUUGAUAGUCCCAACUCCGAUGGAUCUGGCCACUCAAAUUCAUUUACUGUACAACGAUUUAAUUACACCAAUGAUAACAAUACCAACUCGGAUAUUCUUCAGUCACCCCUCACCAGUGAUGACUUGAGAAUACCUAUUGUCGGUUAUGAGAUCAUGGAGGAAAGAGCUAGAUUUACAGUCUACAAACUUCGAGUUGAAUUGAAAAAUGGCGAUUGCUGGUUUGUGUUCCGGAGAUACACAGACUUUGUUCGAUUGCUAGCGCAAUUAAAACGACACAAAGUUCCUAUUGAUCACUUGGCUUUACCAAGGAAAAAAUGGCUUGGCGAUAAUUUUGCUCCAAGUUUUUUGGAAGAAAGGAUAUGUGGCCUUCAAACAUUUGUUAAUGGCAUAUUGGGUAGCCCACUUCUCAUAGGUGUUUCGUGUGUAAGAGAAUUCUUCUGUUUGGAUGAACCACCUAUUUUAUCUGAUACAGCGGAAGAAUCUAGAGCAAUAUUUGAAGCAUUGGAAGAUACAAUAUAUAAUUUGAGACAGCAACUGAGAGAACGCGAUGCAGCACUUGCGUCUGAAAAGGCUCUAUGUAAUGAAUUCCGUAAAAAGCUUCAUCAGAUAUUAAGUGAAAGACAAACCUGUUCGAAAUGUGGUGCAACUCAAUAGUAAUUUUAUAGACUGCAUCAUAAUAUUAGAUCUGUUAGAGAUUAAUAUGUACAAAUUUUAAAUCAUGCUGUUAUGAAAAAAAUACUAUAUAGCAUAAAAA